GGCAGUUGAAAAGGAGUCAGUCAAAAAAUUAACAAGUAUUUCAUCAGCGCGCAAUUGGUUGGUUGCAAUGUACCAUUCCCUAGGGCCAACAGGUGCCUACUUCAAGCGACCCUGUCCGCGGGAUCGGCUUGCCAGCCUGGUGGACGCCAGGCUGGGCAGCUCGGCCAUCGCGGAUAAGGGAUACCGCUUGAAGAUAGUUCGUCCUGGGAGCACUUGCGAGGCGGAGAGGCGAGCGGCGAAAGCGGCAUUGGACGCGAAUGUGCCGCCGGCCAGGCUCUAUCUGCGCUCCACAUCCCGGGGACUGCGGCGUGCCCUCGACAUCUAUAUGCCGCGUUUCCAGCCCGACGACCACCCGCCCUGCACCGAGGAGGAGCAGCGGUCGGAGGACGAACUUGGGGCCAGGCGGCUCUGCCCAUCGCCACCAACUCGGCGGGCCACUGAUGGCACGCCGCAUCUUCCAGAGCUUGGAGCGGUGUAACGACCACUUGAUGGGGCAUCUCCUGCACUUGCGAAUAGAGAAUGAUUGAAAAAAAGGGAAACAAUGCCACUAACAUCUGCUUCCAAUUACAAGGGACUUACGGAGGGGCCUGUUUCUUCAGACAUCAACACGAACACUUACUUUCUGGUUCUGCAUCUCGGGGCGUCUCCCAAAUGUCAACGGAAUGGCUGUCAGCUAUCAAACACUCUACGAAUGGAAAUCUGGGGGCAGAGUCUUAAUGGGCAGCAGCGAAAUUGUUACAUGUAUUGGGAAGUGUUCAUUUCUUUAUUAAAAUAGCUACAUUUUAU